CGUGUUUUUCAAGCUGCGAUGUCCAAUAAAGGACACACUGGCUGGUGGCCAUAUGACGCAUUCAUGGUCAAUCGGAUGCCGCAAUGCUGAGAAGAAUUAAAGCCUUUUCUUUGUGUGUAAAAUGUGGUGGAAAUACCUGUCUGGAUGUGUUGGCAGACGUGUCGUGCGUGUCGGUGGUGAGCCGUGCGUCCAAUGAUGAUGAGCAGCGAGUAUUUGUUGCGCUGGAGGAGACUCAAGUCCACGCAGUGUCUCGCCUCCUGCUGGACCUCCCUCUCCCGCAGCCGGCCGGGAAGCGAUUCGGUCAAUGACGCAGUGCGCAGGCGCACGACUGCCUGUCAACACAAGAGUACGGAAGGAAGACCGAACAGAAACUCUUGAUCGUUAUUGAACACAUCGUGUAUGGAUUAGUAAAUAAAUAAGAUGGACGCCGUCAAGGAACGACUUGCUGACUUCUCACUGGAGGCUCAUGAUUUGUAUUUGAGCCAAUCAGUGGAUCACGUGGACGGACCACCUGACCCGCUGCACUUCUACCGCCACUGGAUUGGUCCAAACAAACCCUGCAUCAUUCGCAAGGCCUUCAGUCAUUGGGCGGCCCUGUCCAGGUGGACGCCGGCGUACUUGAGGGAAAAGGUGGGGUCAAAGGUCAUCAGCGUUGCGGUGACUCCCAACGGUUAUGCCGACGCCGUGAGAGACGAUCGCUUUGUGAUGGCGGAAGAACGCCGCAUGACCUUCUCCGCCGUGCUGGACAUCCUCGAAGGGAAGGUGAAGCAGCGAGGAGUGUUUUACGUUCAGAAGCAGUGUUCCAACCUGCUGGAUGAACUUCCCGAGUUAACGGAUGAUGUGGAAGUGCACAUUCCCUGGAUGAGCGCGGCGCUGGGAAAGUUACCCGAUGCGGUUAAUUUCUGGCUGGGCGAAGCUGACGCCAUCACGUCGCUGCAUAAGGAUCACUACGAGAACAUCUACUGUGUGAUUUCCGGACAGAAGAACUUUAUCCUGCUGCCACCAACUGACCGACCCUUCAUCCCUUACGGCCGCUAUCAACCUGCCGUUUACCGUCAACAGGACAACGGUGACUUCGAGGUGGUGGACCAGAGGGACUCUGACAAGGUGCCCUGGAUCCCUCUGGACCCCCUGAAUCCAGAUCUGGAGCGCUAUCCGAUGUACAGGAGAGCACGGCCGCUCCACUGCAGCGUGAAGGCGGGCGAGAUGUUGUACCUGCCGUCACUGUGGUUCCACCACGUCCAACAGUCGCACGGCUGCAUGGCGGUCAACUUCUGGUACGACAUGGACUUCGACAUCAAGUACAACUACUUCCAGCUUCUAGACGCGUUGUCGGACCUCACAGAUCCACCGUGACCUCCGAGUGGAACAUGAACUCGAGACGAGGUCGUGAUUGUGAUGAAGAGUCAAACAGGAAGUGAUGAAAAGCUCUUUAUUAAAGCAAACUGUUUUUUUA